UAUAAAAAUUUCAAGCUCUCUGGUUUGUCUUCGUACCUACCAAAACUGCUAUGUCUCUGCUCUCUCUCUCCACCACUUACCAGCAAACAACCAAGUACAGACAUUUUUGUUCGAAAGGGUCAAGUAGGUAACUUCAGAAUAUAGAAAAAAACACAUCAGGAAAAGAAGGUUUCUUUGUUGUGAAAGAUAGUUUCUUGAAGAUGAAAGAUUCGCCAUUGUUGAAAGCUGCAAUGGUAAAAGCAACAGAUCUUUCGACAAAGUAAAUAACCCAGAAGUCAUUCGCUUUUUGUAGGACAGUUUCCUUUUUAUUGUUUGGUUAAGUUGCUUCAAAUUUUAGAAAGAAGAAAAAGACAAAAAAGAAGUUGAUCUGGAUUAGUGGGGUGAGCAAGAAAAAUGGGGUGUUGGUACUCAAGGAUUGAUAGGGAAGAGACAGUUUCACGUUGCAAGGCGAGAAAGCGAUACAUGAAACAGUUAGUUAAAGCUAGACAAGCUCUUGCUGCUUCACAUUCUAUGUAUCUGCGCUCCUUACGAGGCACAGGCUCAGCUCUCCUUCAAUUUUCCAACAAUGAAACUAUCCUCCACCUCCAUCACCAUGCCCCUCCGCCGCCUCAUCCGCCGACACCGCCACCGCCUUUAAUGAGUCCUGGUUCAGACACACGGACAUCUGCUACCAGUGCCUCCCCUGCUCUGCCGCCGCCUCCUCCUCCUCCAUCAAGUAGCUGGGACUUCUGGGAUCCAUUUGUUCCGGCUGGGGCGUCACGGUCAGCCACAGAAGAGGAAUGGGAGGCUGCCGCGUCAAUAUCUGAGGUGGCGGUCACUGCUACAACAACCGCAAACGGGGCUGCGAGCGUGGCAGCGCCGCCUUCUGUGGUGGGUGGGUUCUCGAAAGAUACGGGAAGCGAGCUUGCUAUGGUGGUGUCGAGGAAUACUAAAGAACUGGUGGAGAUUGUGAAAGAGGUUGAUGAGUAUUUUCUUAAAGCUGCUGAUGCUGGUAGCCAGCUGUCGUUGCUGUUAGAAGUUUCAAAUUCCAAUUUUUCUGCUCAAAGUAAAGGAGGUAACGUGUAUAACUAUGGUUGCAAUCCGACUCCAACAACUUGGACAUGGAAUUGGAAUCCGAAAAUGGAAGGAAUUGGAACGUUGGGAGAGGACAGGAUUGGCGGAAAUGUUGGUGGUAGAGUUCUUAGCAGCAGCCAUUGUUCUAGUAUAGAGAGAUUGUAUGCUUGGGAGAAGAAAUUAUACCAGGAGGUCAAGAAUGCGGAGGCUAUUAAGAUAGAGCAUGAGAAAAGGGUGGCCCAGCUGAGGAAGCUGGAGAUGAAGAGAGCUGACUAUGUGAAGACUGAGAAGACUAAGAAAGAAGUUGAAAAAUUAGAAUCCCAAAUGAUGGUUGCUUCACAGGCCAUUAAGACUACAUCUAUGGAAAUCAUCAAGCUGAGAGAGUCGGAGCUUUACCCUCAACUCCUUGACCUUGUAAAAGGGUUGAUGUGCAUGUGGAGGAGCAUGUAUGAGAUCCACCAAGUCCACACGCACAUAGUUCAGCAGCUCAAGUACCUUAACUUCAUCCCUUCUAAUGAACCAACUUCUGAGAUUCACAGGCAAUCAACUCUCCAGCUCGAGCUUGAAGUCCAGCAAUGGCAUUUGUCUUUCUGUAACUUAGUCAAGGCUCAACGAGACUACAUUCAGUCCCUUGCAGGCUGGCUCCGGCUUAGUCUUUUCCAGUUCAGCAAUAACCCACUUUUAAGAAACAGUCAGGAAUCGAUAAUUUACUCUUUUUGUGAAGAAUGGCAUCUAGCAGUUGACAGGAUUCCAGAUAAGGUAGCAUCUGAAGGAAUCAAGAGCUUCUUGACAGUAAUACAUGCCAUUGUGGUUCAGCAAGCAGAGGAGUAUAAGCAAAAGAAAAAGGCAGAUUCUGCAUUUAAAGAUUUUGAGAAGAAGGCAGCAGAGCUUAGAUCACUGGAAAGUAAGUAUGGCCCUUUUUCGAUGCCGGAAAUGAACAAAGACCCUGUUGCAGAAAAGCGAACAAAAGUGGACAUAUUGAGAGCAAAGGCAGAGGAGGAGAAGAAUAAGCAUGAGAAGUCAGUGAGCAUAACAAGGGCGAUGACUUUGAACAACCUUCAGAUGGGGUUUCCCCACGUCUUUCAGGCAAUGGUAGGAUUUUCAAGUGUAUGUAUGCAAGCAUUUGAAUCUGUAUACAACCAAGCCAAGUGUAUUGAUCAUGAGCAUGAUGUGAAGAGAAUACUCCCUUGAAGCAUACCGGGCAAAAAUGAUGCUACCAUCAAUACCUGCUUUUAUGUAUAGAUGUUCACCUUGUUCAGUAGCUGGAUUUGAGUCCAGACUCCAGAGAAAGUGCUGCAUAGUUUUAUCUUCAAUGCAGAUCCAUCUUAUGCAAACUCUCAAUGGAGAUGAUUAAAAUCCAAUGACAUUUAGAGGGGACCAGUAUUGUUGGGAUAAGUGAUUUUUGAGAUGAUAUAGGAAGUAGAAAAAAUUCCAGUGAGAAGUUAGUGGUUUUCAAUUAGGAAUGUAGGAUUGUAUACCUGGCUUUGUUUUGUCAUAGG